AUAUAGAGCAACUGUUUCACUAUCUUGGUAUAUCAUACAUUAAUGACAUUUCUAUGUAUUCGAAAGUAGAGUUACUAGACUGAAUCGUACAAAGAAAAAUUAUUAAUAAUGGAUGUGAAAAAGAUACAUGAAUUUAUGGAAUUGGUUGGACGUCUGAAGCACAUGAAAAGAACUGGAUGGGUGUUAAGAAACAUUCCUGAUCCUGAAACAAUAGCAGGACAUAUGUACAGGAUGGCUAUUCUUUCUUUAUUAGCAGAUGGUGAAGAUAAUUUAGAUAAAAACAAAAUUAUGCAAAUGACUCUAAUUCAUGAUUUAGCUGAAUGUAUUGUUGGGGAUAUAACACCCAUUUGUGGUAUUUCUCCUGAGGAAAAACAUAGACGAGAAGAUGCUGCAAUGGAAGAAAUUUGUCAACUCUUAGGCGAUAAAGGUCCAAUUAUAUUACAAAUGUUUCGUGAAUAUGAAAAGCAAGAGUCUCCAGAAGCUCAAUAUGUGAAAGAUUUGGACAGACUGGAUUUAAUUAUGCAAGCAUAUGAAUAUGAGAAACGAGACAAUAUCCCUGGUAAAUUACAAGAGUUUUUUUCAUCGUCUCUAGAUAAAAUUAAACAUCCAUUCAUCAACAAAGUUGCUGCUGAAAUCAGUAUUGAAAGAAAUACUUUAUUUUCUAAUUUAAAUAAAACAGAAUGACAACAGA